CCCAGCAUGGUGGUCUGUGUUUGAAAAGGGACUCUGAAGACAUGACAGACCAUACAGAGAAUUCCUCAGAAACCUUUAAGAAUUCACAAGAUGGAUUUGCUGUUACUGCUGCUGCACAGAUCAAAAGUUACUACAACUUGAUGGAUGAUGAAGGGCCAGAUGAUGUGUUUAUCCAGCCCUCUUUGCCUCUGCCCUGCAAGGCUCUUUUGUCACCAACAGAGGGAAGCACAUAUGCAAAAUCUGAUUCUGGCAUGACCCUACCAAGUGAAGCAGCUGACGCCACAAAAGCUAACACUAAUCCCUGGAGCUUAGACAGGCACCAUGGUGAGAAGUGUUUAAUGGCAGCACGGAACAAGCUGGACGAAGAGAUAACAAGUGCAACACAGUCCUCAAUGGAGUUUAUAGAUAACACAUUACUUUCCAAUGAUAUGCUCUGUUCUCCAACAGAUUGUCAAGACCAAACACCCAUAGAUGGCUCAGAUUUUUUGAUGGAGGGAUGCUAUGAAAAGACUGGAAAAGCAGAGCAGAAUAGCACUUCAGGAGAUGAAGAAUCAGACAAGGAGCUGGGUGGUCCGAAACUGUGUAAAGAAGAAGAGAACUAUGAAUCAGAAGGAGGCGAAUUUACAGAACAAAUAUGUUCAAAUGAGAAGGAAAUCUCUGAGGAUCAGACAAAUCUGGAGACAGAGUUUGACAAAACUUACAAGGACAUUUCUUGCAUUGAUGAGAGAGACUUCAAGCUAUCAAGCACAAUGCCUGAUUGCAAUAAAAACAAUGAUUCACAAUCUUUGGAGCCAUCUGAACUAUGUGGAUUUUCCAAAAACAGGAUGGAAGAAAGAACCAACAGCUUCCCUGCAGAGAUGGGUGGUAAAACUUUGGAGCAUGUUGGAAUUAGAUCUUCGGAGGGCAAUCCUACAAGAUCUGAGCUGAAUGUCAGGAAAGAUUCAGAAGAAAAGGUUGAACAGGUGGAUGAGAACCGAAGGAUUGCUACUGAUAUCCAACAUGGAGAGCAGCUGCUUCAGCGUCUGCAAAUGGUGCAACAACGACAUGAUGACAUCCCGAAUACAAGGCAGGAUAUUAUCAAUUUGGCAAAAGCUGAGGAAGAAGGUAGCUUUAGUUCUGAGAUAGAGGACAAGGGCGUUGGAGAAAUGAGGGAGUCACCCGAAGAAGAGGAAGAGGAGGGUGAAACAAAGGGGGAGGAGGGGAAGACAAAUCUUUCAGAGAAAGAAAACAAUGGCAGAGAACAUGUUCAAACUGAACAUGUUCUCUACCUGACACAGCCAGGAAUGCCAGAGGACAAUCAGAUUAACAAAAAAGAUGAAGAGGAGUGUUUGGAUUAUUACAGUGAAAUCUUGUUUCCUUCAGCUUUACCACUUCACUCCUCUCGGGAUAUAUCCAGUGGAAUUCCGUUAAUUUCUACUGGACAUCGCUUUUCAGCUGCUGAAACCUCAAUGGAAAAACAGAUCCAGGAAGCAGCCCGAGCUAAACAAAAUUUGCAAAGGGCUGGUGGUGUUUUCAACCUGGCUGAUAAUCCAGAUGUAUUAGAAAUUCCAUUCAAGACAGAUGUUUCUCUGGAAUCACUCAUUACAAAGGCUUGUACCAUACAACCAAGUCAGUGGCAAUUUUCUGAAAAGAAGAUGCAGAAAGAAAUAAGUCAGGAUAUUCAAAGAGAAUUGGUGCUGGUCAACCAGGGUAAGAUUCCCGGGGAGUAUUGCAAAGGGGAGGCCCGCCGGUUGAAGGAGACAAAACUUCUCUUUGAGGCUUUCCAACAGGUCAACACAGAAGGUCCAACGAGGAAUAGGAAGCUCCCUACUUCAGCAACAAAAAGUCACGUUUAUCCGUCCGUUCUGGAACGCACACGUAGCCUUGAGACAUUUUGCCUCAAGACUUGUACUGUCUCAAGAGCACAUUCCCUCAGGCUGUGCAACUCUGCCACCAUUGAAAGAGAAAAAAGUCCAGAAACCGUAAGAUCAAAGAGUCUUACCGGUGGUUCUCGCGACAAAACCCGCUUAUCCCCUUACUCAAUACAAGACAAACACUUGCGACUGCACAGGAGCAUGGACUCGAUAAAUAGCGAAUCGCCCAUUUCUUUCUUGGAGACUAGGGCUAAAACAAAGGAAAGACAAGGAUCCCCCAUUCUCAGACAAAACCCCUUCUUCAAAUUGCGCCCAGCCAUGGCCCUGCAGCCUGAGGUAGAGAAGGACAUUCGAGAGGCUAAGGAAAGAGAAGAAGAACUGCGCAGACAACGAUGCACUCUGUAUGGAGAGGACAGACAGAAAAGUGAUGAUGAAGAAAAGCAUCGAUAUACAAAAACACUCAAAUCAGAUGUUAAGCAGUCUAGGGGCAAACUGGAGAGACUUUGGCCACCACCUUCUAAAAAGGACCAGAAAAUAUCCGGGGAGGGGCAGCAGGAGGUAAAGGUUCACAGAGCAGGAGGUCAGAAGGCUCCUCUGUGGCAGCUCUGGGAGUCUGGCCUGAUCAACGGCCAGGCGUCGGAUGAAAAGAAGUGAUCUUGGCCAUCCUGAUGGUGCAAGGCUACAAACAGAGUCCCAUUUAGAGUUAGUACCACUGUCCAACUACAGAUCAAUCAGUGAAAUUUAGUUUGACAAAAUCCUUUGUUGUAUCCAACUUCACAGCUUCCUGGCUCUUCAGGCUCUGCUUUGUAUUUAUUCUUUGUAUUUUUCAUUUAAUAUCACAGAAUAGUCUUAUAUUGCAAAAGAAUAAAGCAAAUAUUUAUCACA